UCGACAGGAUAACACCGGCGUGGCCCGUUUUCACCAUCUUUAUCCUCGUUUACCUGGGCACUUCUGUUCGAGAAAGCUUGUUCGACAAACAUAUUCGUUCGACAUGUCAUCCGACCUGAAAGUUCUUUCGCCGAACGUGCACUACGAUGAGGAGUACAUCGAGGUGGACUACCAGUAUCAAACUACCACCGUGGUUGCCAGCGGCCCGGGAGGGUACACGGUGAAACCCGAAACGACGGGAUUGAACAUCCGUACGCAACGGCAUGUUCCGCGUCUGGGACUGAUGCUCGUCGGUUGGGGAGGCAAUAAUGGAUCCACCUUGACCGCCGCGCUGGAGGCAAACAAACGUGGACUCGAGUGGCGCACCCGGCAGGGAGUGCAAAAGGCCAACUGGUACGGUUCGAUCACGCAAUCGUCAACCGUGCUGCUCGGAACCGAUGCGGCCGGCCAGGAUGUGUACAUACCGAUGAACAAGCUGGUACCGAUGGUUAACCCGGACGAAAUCGUCGUGGACGGGUGGGAUAUCAGCUCGCUGAACAUUGGCGAUGCGAUGAAACGUGCCCAGGUGCUGGAAGUUGACCUGCAGGAUCAGGUGUACAAGCAGCUGGCACAGUUGCGCCCACGUGCCUCGAUCUACGAUGCGGAUUUUAUUGCGGCCAAUCAGGCCGAACGGGCGGACAACACGAUCGGUGGCACGCGCUACGAGCAGUAUCAGCAGAUCGUGAAAGAUAUUCGCGAUUUCAAGCAGAAAUCCGGUGUCGAGAAGGUCGUUAUCCUGUGGACGGCAAACACUGAGCGGUUCGCCGAGGUGAAGGAAGGGGUCAAUACCACCAUGGCGGAUCUGGAGCGAUCGUUGAAGCAGAAUCAUUCGGAGAUUUCUCCUUCGACCAUUUUUGCUAUGGCUGCAAUCAAUGAGAAUUGCAUCUAUAUCAACGGUUCGCCGCAAAACACCUUCGUGCCGGGAGUAAUUGAAAUGGCCGACCACCAUGGUGCGUUUAUCGCCGGAGACGACUUCAAAUCGGGCCAGACAAAGCUCAAGUCGGUGCUGGUGGACUUCCUGGUGUCGGCGGGCAUCAAACCAGUGUCGAUUGUCAGCUACAACCAUUUGGGAAACAACGACGGCAAGAAUCUCUCCGCCCCGCAGCAGUUCCGCUCGAAGGAGAUCUCCAAGAGCAACGUCGUGGACGACAUGGUUGCAUCCAACCGCAUCCUGUAUGGAGCCGAUGAGCAUCCGGAUCACUGCGUGGUCAUUAAGUAUGUGCCCUAUGUAGGGGACAGCAAGCGAGCGAUGGACGAGUACACGAGCCAGAUCAUGCUCGGAGGACAUAACACAUUGGUCAUACACAACACCUGCGAGGACUCGCUGCUGGCCACUCCGCUGAUUCUGGAUCUGGCCAUCCUCGGAGAGCUUUGCUCGCGUAUUCAGGUCCGACGUAACGAGUCCUCGGCCGAGUUUGUUCCCUUCCGUUCGGUUCUAUCUAUUUUGAGCUAUCUGUGCAAGGCGCCGCUGGUGCCGCAAGGUACCCCCGUCGUUAACUCUCUCUUCCGGCAGCGAACGGCGAUCGAGAAUAUCCUACGUGCGUGCGUUGGAUUACCACCCCUAAGCCACAUGUCUCUGGAGCAUCGUUUUGAUCUUCGCGUCGGCGAAGUCACCGCAUCGCCGGUGCAACCUUGCGCUAAGAAGGCGCGGGUGAACGGAACGGCCACGCUCACGAACGGAACUGGUGAAAAACUAAACGGUGUACACAAUGGCGAUGCUCACUCGUCGGAGAAAGUUGCUGUGAGUCAUUAGCUUCAGCGAUCAACAACGUUACGACGAUAUUAUUCGUUUUACCAGUCCCAAUUUCCAAUCUCGUUAUUUCCAUGUUGAUUGGUGUGCCGAGUAUUGUCAGGUGCACAAUAAUAUACCGGCCUCUUUUUUUAAAUAAGCUACACUAUCUAUAUACCGAUUUCAUUCUAAGCCCACCACAAAAAAAAGACAAUUAGAUCCAUCGAGGGUCAUGAAAUAGACACGACAAGCAUAUUCCUUUUUGUAGGAAUAUUAAAUCGACAUACAACGCGUGCCAAGAAGAAUUUGAACUGAAAUUUGAACAAAAAAGAACAAACGAAGUUAUGUGUGGACAGAACGGUUCUUAUUUCUUAUAGUACACAUUUCACUGUUUACCCAAUCUAGAUGCUAAGGAUGCAAACUGUAUUGUGUAAGAAUCUAUUGGAAAAAAAUAAAUAAACUAAACGAAAAAAGCA